UCAUUUGCAUAUGAAUCCCCGAUUCUAUGGGAAGACGUUUAUAAUGGUUCAGAAGCUUCUUUCGAAAUGGAGGAAACGAAGUGUGUGUCAUAUAGAAUGAUGAUGCCAAAUGGAAUUUUACUCAACACCUGUGACAAUUCUUUACCAGUCAUUGACAAUCCAUCCCAAAAUGAGCUCAUUUUACCCAAAGAGACAGGAAUUUCAACGCAUCUCUUUUCCGACCGCUUUUCGUAUGCCAAGCGAUUAGUGGAGGCGAAAGGCAUACCACAAGCUUCUCAGGACCGUUUGGAGGAACAACAGGCUUCCCCUUUGUCGUUCACAAGUCCCACCUUCAACCUUCCUUCUUCCCCGACUUCGAUCUAUUCUUCACCUUCUCCUCCAACAUCAAAUGUUAAAGUGAACCGGAGGAAGUCAUCUGUUCCCCACAAAAGUCCAGCGAGGUUUGAUCCAAAUUUUCGUGGAGUAGUACUUGGAUUUCAUAUGAAACUGGUGAAUAACGAAAGCCAGUUAACCAUUGAAACAUUGUCUAAGAACUUCAAAGAAAAGCAGUUACAUCGAAAAGAAAAAACUGUUAAUCACUCAGAUACAUUGAGUGGUUCCGAGAUGGAGAACUCCCCAAAAAGUAUUUCUGAACCUAUACAUACCGAAUCCUGUGAGCAUCAUAUCAAAGUGUGUGAAUCAUGUAAAACAAAGAAAACUCCUUUGUGGCGAGAGGCUGAAGAUGGGACACCAUUGUGUAAUGCUUGUGGGAUCAGGUACAAAAAAUACAGAAUUCGUUGCAGUGAAUGUUGGCACGUUCCCAAAAAGGAUGACAAGACCUACCCCAAGUGUCUUCGCUGUGAUUCAAUGUUGCGAUUUACAACGAACCGAAGAAACUAAAUCAUUUACUUGUAAAAGAUACUUUAAUAUGACAACUGCUUUACUUGCCACUUCAAUAAAAAAAUUGUACACAAGUCUGUCUGGUAAAUAUGCUACUAGGAUAAGAUAUAUAUUCCAACUUUGUUUCUGAAAGUGAAGGGCAGAAAAUAAUGAUUUACAUAAUUGCCAGAAAAUAAAGCUGCUGAGAUUAUUUUACCUGCUCCAGGAACAAAUAUUUCCAUUCAACA